GACGCACUCUCUGGGGGGGGGACAGGAAGCAAAGGAAUGGGGGCCAGCACCGAGGUUACUGAGGUCAAACGGACUGCUGAGGGGAGGGCGAGCCGCAUGCUAGGCCCUCAAGGGCUCAGGCAGCUCUGCCGCUCGGCCCAGGGGCCCAGGAAGGCCAGGCUGGACGGCUAGUCUGAGACCUUCGCCCAGAAGCUGACAGGCUGGGCAGUGGGUGGCCUGAGGCAGCAGUAAGGUCCAGACUCCGCUCCAGCCAGCCCAGUGGUCCCUGUGCGGUGGGGUAGGAAAGAGGCCAGUCUGGGCCUCUAGUCUUCAGAACUGUGCCCGAAACUCCAGCUUCCCUCCUUGUUGACUCAGAGCUCCAAGAAUCCUCUAAAUCCCUGGCAGGCUGUUCCUAUCUCCUCUGGCCCAGCUCCCUCUUAGGACCCAGGGACAUGAGACUGCCGUGCAGUCCAGCUGCGGCACCGUCUAGCAUGUAUGUGGGUGAGGUGACCUCAGACCCAGGACGCUGCGCUCAGCAUGAUGCCCUGCCCUCGGCACCACAGGACUCGGGGGACAGAGUCCUUGGGUCUAGGCUCCCGGCAGCCCUGGAGCUUCUCUCCCACCCCAACCACACCUCACAGGGUUCAGGGUCCGUGUUCAGCUGCACCAGGUGGGGAAGGGGACGCCCACACACUCCCUCCAGGAGGGGUCGCGCCCACCCCUCCCACUGCCAACUAGGCAGAGAUAAGCCAAGGGGUUCGAAGGCCAGAGACAGAGUCAACAGGGAGGGGCAGGUACAGAACUGCGAGUCACAGCCCUCCCUCAAGCUCCUGGCUCUGAAGCUUGGGCUCCUGCCCAGAUAGCCUGAGAGACCCUUUGCCUGUGGCAGCAAGCAGAAGGCCCAGGUUCCCGUUUGUCCUGCGGGGCUAAGCCCAUUUUCUCAGGAAUUUCCCCUGGGGGGUUUGGAAGGGGAGCUUGACUCAGCCAGCACCUUUUCGGUUCCCUCAGAAUCCAAUCCCCAACAUGGGACACCACAGCCCGGGCCUGGGAGAAGGCCCCACCUCCCCACCCCCAACUGGAGCCUCAAAGGCUAGGGGUGGGGUGCAGGUGUCUAAGCUGCCUGAGCCAAGGAAGCCAAGCAGGGAAGGGGCUGGGAGGGGAGUGGGACAGAGGCGUGUUCAGGGCCUAUCAGGCAGAAUGUUGGGGACGGGACCUUGUGGGGCUGGGGUGGUAUCCCUGCACGUCUGCCCCAGGGCCCCCUUGUUGGCAGCAGCCCCCAGACAGAGGGUCGCCCCAAGGGAGUGGAGAAGGCGGCCCCGCCCCGCUCUAGGGAGCCGCAGGCGAGCUAGCAGACGCCCAGGCUGCCCUUCCAGGAGAAGGGGCCCCGUCCUUGCCCCCGACAGGCAACGGCUCCAACCACGAGGAGGAUCUGCUGCUGGAAUGGUUAACCUGAGGCACCUCAGGCAGCCAAUCACAGAGCCCUGCAGGAACUACCUGGGAGAGGUCCUCCUUGUGCGGGCGGGUCAGAGCCCAACCCCAGUCCGGCCCUAGGCUGCCGAGCAGCCUCCCCAGAGCACAGAGCACGCACGGUGGGGGGUGCUCAGCAUGCUGGUCCUGGUCCAACUCAAGCUGGGGCUGCUGCCGGCUUUGCUGCUGGUGACCGCGAUGGCAACUCAGCCUCCCCGUCUGCUGACCUUGCUGUCCUCAGGCCAGGGUGCUCUGGACCGUGUGGCACUCGGCAGCCUGUUAAAUACACUGGCGGACCGUGUGCACUGCGCCAAUGGGCCGUGUGGAAAGUGCCCAUCUGUGGAUGAUGCCCUGGCCCUGGGCAGGCCCGAGAAGCCAGGGCUCCCUUGGGGGCCAGCUCUAGAACACAGACACAUCGCCCGCCUCAGUGCUGCUGCUGCCCUCUACCUCAGCGACCCCAAGGGCACCUGCACAGAGGUCCGGGCUGGCCACUGGGCCACUCGUGCUGACCAUCUCUUGGCCCUGCUGGAGGGGCCCAAGGCCCUGACACUAGGCCUGAGCAGGCUUCUGCAAAGGAUUCAGGCCCAGGCUGCUGGCUGGCCUGCUGCCCAGGAGGCCUGUGUGGACCUGCCUCAGCUGCUGGAGGAGGCAGAAAGGGCAGGAGCUCCCAGCAGCCCUGGCCCGGUACUGGCCGCCCUGUUGGACCAUGUCAGCCGUGGGUCCUGUUUCCGUGCCCUGCCGACCCCCCAGUACUUUGUAGACUUUGUGUUCCAGCAGCACAGCGGCGAGACUCCCAACAUCACACUGGCUGAGCUGGAGGCCUUGAUGCAGCGCCUGGGGAUAGGCAGAGUGGCUGAAACACACAGUGACCACAGUCAUCUGAGAAACAGGGCCAACCACCAGGGCCCUGUGCCCCUUGCCACCCCGAACAGCAGCUCCAGCCUGUGGGACACAGUAUGCCUGAGUGCCGGGGAAGUGAUGGCCGUGUACGGGCUGUCUGAGCAGGCUGGGGUGACUCCAGAGUCCUGGGCUCAACUGAGCCCUGCCCUGCUCCAGCAGCAACUGAGUGGGGCCUGCAGCCCCCAGCCCAGGCCCCCCACCCAGGACCAGCUCAGCCAGGCGGAGAGGUACCUAUACAGCUCGUUGGCCACACUGCUCAUCUGUCUCUCUGCGAUUUUCGGCCUCCUGCUUCUGAGCUGUGCCAGCUACAGCGCGGCCUCCCACUACAUCAUCCAGACCUUCCUGAGCAUGGCCGUGGGCGCACUCACCGGUGAUGCUGUCCUACACUUGACGCCCAAAGUGCUGGGGCUGCACACCCACAGUGGGGAGGGCCUUGGCCCACAGACCACCUGGCGCCUUGUGGCGGUGUUGGGUGGCCUCUACACCUUCUUCCUGUUUGAGAACAUCUUUAAUCUCUUGCUGCCCCUGGACCCAGAGGACUCAAAGGGUGGGCCCUGCAGCCACAGCCACGGUGGCCACAGCCAUGGAGUGUCCCUGCAGCUGGCGCCCAGUGAGCUCCGGCCAGCUAAGCAGCCCUGCGAAGGCUCGCGCACAGACCUGGUGGCAGAGGAGAGCCCAGAGCUGCUGAGCUCGGAGCCCCGGAGACUGAGCCCAGAGCUGAGGCUGCUGCCCUACGUGAUCACGCUGGGUGACGCCUUGCACAACUUCGCCGACGGGCUGGCUGUGGGCGCCGCCUUCGUGUCCUCCUGGAAGACCGGGCUGGCCACCUCGCUGGCCGUGUUCUGCCACGAGGUGCCACACGAACUAGGGGAUUUCGCGGCCCUGCUGCACGCGGGGCUGUCGGUGCGCCGGGCGUUGCAGCUGAACUUGGCCUCCGCGCUGACGGCCUUUGCCGGCCUCUACGUGGCGCUCGCUGUCGACGUCGGCGAGGACAGCGAGGCCUGGAUCCUGGCGGUGGCCACCGGCCUCUUCCUCUACGUGGCGCUCUGCGACAUGCUCCCGGCCAUGCUGCACGUGCGGGACCAGCGGCCCUGGCUUCUCUUCCUGCUGCACAACAUGGGCCUGCUGGGCGGCUGGACCGUCCUGCUGCUGCUGUCCCUGUAUGAGGACAACAUCACCCUCUGAUCCGCGCCCCGCCCCCCCAGGCCCUGGCUGCUGGCCCUGGGUUCUCUCAGCCCCUUGCACCUGCCAGCCAGUGUGGAACCUGCAGCUGGGUACCCAGAGAGCCCCAGGCCUUUGAGAAUCUCCCUCCCACAAGCCCCAGCAUCCUGCUUCAAUAAAGACAUUCUUGUCUUUGGAGCCCA